CACCAAGUUCCAGGAUAUCAUCAUCUACACUACAGACAGACCCUAAUUUCAACCCAACUUAUCCUGGUUCGUAACAUUUUUUUCCCCCCAGCCAGGCCUAUAGUUGUUUCCAGCUAUCAAGAUAAGUCAGCUAUCCAGAAGUCUGAGAAAACAUGUGGCGGAAGGCUGCGGGAGCUGCCCUGUUGGCCUUGGCCGUUGGAUACUUCUACCACACCAACCCUGAGCUGCCUGAACAAGUUCUCCAGUACUUGUCCCUGCCUCAUCCAUCCACUCAGGGCGACCCAACCUUUGAGCAGGUUAUCUCCACUGCCUGGGAGACCCUAAUAACGGCCCCCGCCAGUCAGUGGGGCAGAGUGGCAGUAGGGGUGAAUGCAUGUGUGGAUGUUGUGGUGUCGGGGAUAGGGCUGCUACAGGCUUUGGCUGUGGAUCCUGGGUUGGGCCGUGACCAUGAAGUGUUACACUCUAAAGAGGACCUGAAAGAGGCUUUCAUCCACUACAUGGAGAGGGGGUCCGCGGCGGAGCGUUUCUUCACCGACAAAGAGGUCUUCCAGAGGAUUGCACGGGCCGCUGCAGAGUACCCUGGUGCUCAGCUAUAUGUUGGAGGAAAUGCUGCUCUCAUUGGACAGAAACUUGCCACAUACCCUCAGCUGAUGGUUCUGCUAUGUGGGCCUGUUGGGCCUAAACUACAUGAGAUGCUGGACGAGCAAAUCGUUGUACCCCCCGAGUCCUUGCAGGAGACUGAUGAAUAUCACCUAAUUCUGGAGUACAAAGCAGGGGAGCAGUGGGGUGCGACACGGGCUCCCCAAGCCAACCGCUUCAUCUUCUCCCAUGACGUGUCCAAUGGGGAGAUGAGAGCACUGGAGAUGUUCGUGGCCAGCCUGGAUGAGUUCCAGCCAGACCUGGUGGUCCUGUCCGGUCUGCACAUGAUGGAGGGCCAGGGGAGGCAGAUGUGGGAGCAAAGGCUCAAAGAGGCAGUGGCGGCCAUUUCUGACGUGCGCAAUGCGGUCCCCGUCCACCUGGAGCUAGCAAGCAUGACUGACAAAGACUACAUGAACAGCAUCAUGCAAGAGCAGGUCAUGCCCAUAGUGACAUCCAUCGGGCUGAAUGAGCAGGAGCUACUUUUCCUCUCCCAGGCCGGCACAGGGCCUCACGCUGAGCUGGCCUCCUGGGGGGGCAUACCGGAUGUAGGCCGCGUCAGUGACAUCCUCCUGUGGGUCCUUGAGCAGCAUGGACGCAGUGAUCCCGAGUCGGAGGCUGACCUCACGCGUAUCCACUUUCACACUCUGGCGUACCAUGUCCUUGCCACUGUGGACGGGCACUGGGCCAACCAGGUGGCCGCCGUGGCAGCAGGGGCCCGUGUGGCCAGCAUCCAGGCCUGCGGCCUCCAAAGCAUAGAUGCCAGUAAGGUGGUCCUUAGAGCUCCGCUGGAGUUCCACAGCUCCCACGGCGAACCUAGAGAGAAAUUGUCCCUGAACCCAACUGAGCCUGUCACUGUUUGGCACCGUGGCAACGUGACCUUUCACCUUGCACCCGUGCUGGUCUGCAAGCAGCCACUCCGGACAGUAGGGCUUGGGGACGCCAUCUCAGCAGAGGGGCUUGUAUACUCUGAGAUCAGGCCACAGCUACCAUUUUUGUGAGGUCCUUUUUUGUUGCACUCUUGUUCUUUUAUUGUAUGGUGGUGUGCACCAUAUCUCCCCAACCAACCAGUGAUGUCUUUACCUGUACUGUAGCUUUUUCUUGGGUUGAAAUUCUGAUCCUUGGUUAGCUAAGUAUUUUGCACUGGGCACAGUUUAAGCCAUUUCUGUAACUCCAAGGAGUUGUGCUGGGUUACCUCUGAUUUCAUUUGCCUUGUGAAAAUUCUAUGUAAAUGUUUGUGUACAAAGACAAUGCCAAAGCUGCUUGUCAGUUUGGUUUGGAGGGGGGAAAUGGAAAAACAUUCAGCGAUAUGGUCUCCAUAAGUAGCGGUGCGAUUUCAGACAGGGUUUGAGCUUUCACGCUGCACAAUAGAGGAGCAACCUCCUGUGCACAUAUGUAGAUUCUGAACAGUGCCAAUGAGUUCAGCCUCUUGCAUCACACUCUUUUGGAAGUUUAUUUUCACAUCAUCUUGCUGAGUCUUAGUUCAAUUUCCUUCAAUAAUCUUUUCUUGUUGACCCUGUUCAGAACAAGCUCCCUCAUCCAAGCACUAUAGUUGGGGAAAAUGGGGUAAGUUGAGCCAAAUGGUUAGUUGAGCCACCCCUUGUUUCUAGGAAACUAUACAUUUUGUGUAUCAUCAUAGGUUUCAUGUUUGUAUCUAAACCAAAGUAGAUUGUUUUAUACAUCAGUUUCCAUUUCUAUAAGCUGCAAUAUGAGGUCCUAAGCCUAGCAUUAAAGUGCAUCCUUGUAGCUACAGUAUAUGGGCUAAUAUAGUCAAUGUUUGCCUCGAGGUAAAUUGAACCAAUCACUACCAUACCCCAUACAAAUUAUGAUUAUUUGGUUAGUUUUAUGCACAAUAUGCAUAGUAUUUUAGCAAUGUGUCAUGCAUAUGAACUCGUAUGGGAAAAAAAAGACAGUCCUGAUGGAAAACCACAUUUCUUAGUAAACUUUCCAAAUGUCGACAAAACAAAAUAUGCCAGACAAGGUGGGAUCUUUUUGUGUCUAUAAAAUGUGUUAUGUGAGAAAUGGUGGUGGAAAAGCUUUUAUGCAUAAAUAUUGAUUUAACUAUAUCAAUAACCACCAGGCAUUAUACACAAGGCUCAUUCCUCUGCACAGGUGUUGCUGCUACCUGGCAGAUCUGGAUAGGUAUUUUAUAUAUCAGCUAUAUACACAUGUUAUAGCAAUCUGUCAGUCAAUGACACCGUUGAUGUGGCACGCAAACAUUGGUUGAUGCGUGCAAUGUCUGAGCAGGGGAAUGUGACCAAGGUCUUAUCUGACGACAUGGAGUCUGACUUGCUAAACAUAUCAAGAAUCUUGCGGACCAGUUUUAUGGGCUUAGUAGCCUCAAAUACAGAGAACAUGCCUAUGAUUUGGCACAUCAAAACUACUUCCGUGUCCCAGACAACUGCUUAAGAAAUUGAAUAGUAAGUGGUAUUGAACAGAGAGAUCUAUAUCAAUGUAGGCAUACAUUUAACAUAUACGAUAUACCACACUCCCAUCCAUGAAUUUAACAUUGCCCUACCAGCAUCAUCACCCACUUAGGGUAAGUUGUGCCUAGAGACCACUUUUUGUGGACAAGUAUGUUUUCAAAACGUAUACUAUAUUUCCCUUGACAUAGUGAUGCUGAAUGUAAAAAAAGUCGUAUAAUCUCACAACUACAUCCCCUCAUUACAAUCAAUACAACACCUGUGCAAACUGGGGCAGGAGCUAGAAGUUAACCACCCAGACAGUUUUCUUUGGGGAUUUGGUCAUUUAGUUUUCAUUUGGCCAAAUGAAUACAUUUAAUCCAUCAAUGAAAACAGUGAUGAAGCAAAAACAAAUGUUAUUUUGGGUUGGCGCGAUAACCUAUUACUUAAAUUAAGGGGUAAUAGUUUAGGGCUUCAUUCAAGCUUAGUGUCCCCUUUUUUAAUGGAGCCUUUACAAGUUUCCAUGUCAUGCAGAUGAUAGGACCUGUUGAUAGGACCUGUUCAAUACACACAAAGUGCAGUAGGAAGGGUUGUGACUAUGGAGGACUGUGUCCUAUGACACGCCCAGCAGACAAGGCUGGUAUGGAAGGUUGCUCACCCAGACUGGGUUUCCCAAACUCGGUGCACAUUUUGGUUUUUGCUCCGUCACGACACACCUGUUUCAAAUAAUCAACUAAUCAUCAAGCUUUGAUCAUUUGAAUCAGCUGUGUAGUGUUAUGAAAAAAACAAGACGUGCACCCCCUUGGGGUCCCGAAAACCGGGGUUGGGAAACGCUGCAGUAGUAACUCUUUAGCACAUCUGAUGAGACUGCUAUCUAUUCUAGUACUUGGUUGCUGUCUUCUGGCUAGCUGUUUGCCCUGUCACUCUCUGUUUGAAUACUUUGAAUGCCAGUAGCACACACAAGCUGUACUCCUACAGCUGUCAUUCACCUAAGCCGGAAAUAAUAUUUGGAUCUCUUGUCCGCAAUGGCAGACGUACACAAGCAUUCCAAGCCCAUCUGUAUCCUUGACUCACAACUGGGUCAAGCAGACUAUGAGGGGUGAAGUGUGCCAAUGAAAUACUUCAUAUUAUUGUGAAUUGUCACUUUUUGUUCAGCUAUUUUGAUCAACUUUACAAGUAAACAUGUAAAUUAUACCUGUUACACUGCAACUAAUGAAGCCCCUUGUUAAAACUCCUACAAAGACGGAUUGUUACUGACAGGGUGCUGUUGGACAUUGCACACAGCAGACUGUGCUGAAAGUCUGCAGACCCAGUAGUGCUUCAGCACAUCUGACGAGAGUGCGAUCUAGUACUUUGCUGUUGUCCUCUGGCUAGCUGCUUGCUCUAGCUUCUGCCAGUCUGACUGAAUGAUACAAUGAAUAAUGCAAAGAUGUACUUCUACGGCUGUGUAGUCUACUCUGCUGCUGUCAGGACAUCCACCUCGCAGCCGGAAAGUACUAUGUUAAUCUCCAGUCCACAAUGGCGGACGUACACAAGCAUUCCAAGCCCAUCCUUGACUCACAACUGCAUCAAGUGCAGAUUGUGUGGUGUCCAGCCACUAUGUAAAGUCAAGCAAUAGAAUACUACAUAAUAUUAAUAUUUAGAGUUGCUGCUUUCCCCCCCAGCUAAUUUGUAAAGAUGUAUGGCUGUCUUGUUUAUCCUAUGUAGGACAUGCCACAUGGGCAAUUCAACAUGUUAAUAAUUCCUGGUAACUGAUGGAGCCCAUCAUUUCUACGUCUUGGUAUACGCCAUGUUUAUUGGUUUCACAUCACUUGUGACCUUGGAGUAAUUAAGUAGAGGAAAGAUCCAUUUUAAAAGUAUUUGAACGCACCAUCCAUGCUCAAACAUCACUUACCUUACUGCUAUAAAGAACUGGAAAUAUUUUUUUUUGUUUUGAUGCCCAAGGUACAUUUUUGCUUUGUUGUUGCGAAACAGAAUUGGGAUGGUACAAAACAGAGCAAUCAUAAGCUAUGCAGAACUUAUUUGUCUCGAAUCUCAUUGCUUUCUUAGCCUGGUGGAACCAGACAAAGCUUAUGAUAGCUCACAUUGUUUCACUUAAAUGAAACUUGAGCAUAGCGGUCAGUCUGCUUCAUAUAGAUCCUAUUAAAUUACUAGAGAGCCUAUGUCAUGAACCCUCAAAGUUCCAUCAUGGUAUGAUAAUGGCAGCCAUUUUGGUCAGGGAGAAAUCCAAACCACUCUAGUUGCGGGAAAUGGGUUCAUGUUAAUUGAACGCAGACGUUCCAUUGACCAGAAUGGCGCACAAUCAACAAAUCUGAUCUAACAAUUUGGAGGUUCUUCAAAUCCGUCAUGAUUUAUGUAUUGUAACAGGCCCACAAUGUCCUUACUUGAGUCCGAUUUUGAUACAUUUGGCUGUUUUUGCUGUAUGUAGAGGCUGUCCCUUUUCAGGUUUAGAAGUGACUGCUAAAUGCGAACUCCCGUUCGUAUAAACUGGUUAGCAUAGAGAAAUCAUUGUUGGUAGUGGGUCGUUUUUAACUGUAAUGCAGUUGAUCGGUAACGAUGACAUGAACAUGUGUUGGGGUUGGCAUCCAUACAAGCAUUAUAUUCAGAUUUUUACCUCAACAUAGUGUGAAAUACACACAAACAAUUGCCUAAAUGUAGACUAAUGUUGCUGGGGGUCAAUGAGGAGUCUUUGUUUCCCCCCCACGCGUUUCCAUGGCAAUUCCAUUGUUUUGGUCGAGUACGUUUGACCUUUAUACCGCAUAUAUUUCGAAUGAAUGGCAGAAGAGGCAUAGGUGAUGCGUUUCCUGCUUGUACCUAUGCAGGAACAUAAAAGGCAUGCGAUAUCAGAAAUUGUGUAAUAGAAUUGUCAACCUAAAAUACUGUCAUAAUUAUAAAUACAGUUUAUACUGGUUUUAUUCCAAUGUUCUGUAUAAAUAACCUCUAUGAUAUGUAAACCGACCGUAAAUGUCCACAUUUCUUGGAAAGCUGUGAGUGUUAUUAUGAGAACUUCAUAUCAUCAACUGAUUUCAGACAGUGUAUGGCUGUGGAUUGACUGCAUUGUUUGUUUGGAAUGUUAAUUAGAAAACUGGUUGGCUAGCUAACAAACAUACAGUGCAGAUAAUCUUCAAAUUCAUUGUUUUACACAAUAGCGUAUCCAGUGGUGGCUGGUGGCACUUUAAAUGGGGAGGAUCUGCUCAUAGUAAUGGCUUGAAUGGAAUGGUAUCAAUCACCAACCAUCCUCCCCUCAACAGCUUCCCCUGCUCUUAUCACAGCACUGGCUGACCAUGGUUGACCAACUCCCUUACCAAAAUGGCUGAUGUUUUAUACUGUCAUGAGAAGGUUCAUGUCCAUUCUAGUAUUCUAAUUCCUAAUUCUAUCGUCUGCUUGACCAAGCUACUGCUUUAUUGUAUGAUCAUGGGAAUGUGCCAGUCUUCUUUGACAGCUUUGUGUUGAAAUAGUUACUGUAAAUAUGCAUUUAGUAAGAAAUUGAGUAUUCCUUUUCAUUGCAGUGAAAAUGUUAGGUACAAUGGUUUGGUAAUACAGUUCAAGGGUUGCUAGGGUUUUGAGGGCAUUCUUCUGAGGCUGGUGAGACAUAUGCCUACUUCCUUUGCUGAUUUCAUCUGUUUUUGUUCGAUAAAUUCACAUCCUACCGUUUGAUUGACACUCAUAAUUGAGGAUGUUGCCCCUUGGAUGGAGCUAUGAUCAAAUGUGGGUGUAGCUGCCAUCAACCACACCUUUAUAUGCAUAAGUAGGUUUCACAAAUUUUUGUCUGCAAUAUGACAUCAUACAUAUCGUGGUUACUUCCUGCUAACAGAUACUACCACCAAUAACAAUAUUCAAGGUGCAGUGGCUAGAUGUAGAUGCGAGCAUAGGUUAUUUACUACUAAUUUUCCAAAGAUAAUUUAGUAUUUACCAGGUAUGAUUAAAGAAGCAUUCU